AUUAAUUAAUAUUUAAUAAUCUCACAUAAAUUAGGCCAGGUGGAGAAGCCGGGAGAGGAUGUGGGGAACCCAAAACACUCGCUCUCCAAUCCCCCCACUAAUUUCGCGAGGGAUGCUGGGAAAAUUAUCAGCAUCGCCUUUCCGUACCUUCGAAACCUCUGCAUUUUCUUUCUUUUCAUCUCAUGAUGUCUCAAAUUCAACACGGAUUUCAUUGCUACCUAUGAGGGCAGAGGGAGUAAAGCCUUAUCUUCGACCAAAUUUACCAAGUCAAGAAUCUCAUAAUUCAAGUUAUAUGCUCAGAAAUUCAAGUUAUAUGCACAGAAGUUGGAAAAUACGCUCUUUUGAUCAAGCACAAGUUACGAUACUAGAAGAUGAUGAGAAGAAAAUAUGGGAAGAAUCCAAACAAAUACUCUCUGGUUUAAACUUCUCGGCUGAUGAAGCUGACCGAAUGCUCAAAAAAGCAUUUGGGUGGGUUCACUCGCCUUAUUGGAGCGAGGAGAGAAAAACAGAAAUUCCCAAAAUAGAAAUCGUAAAUGAAAUAUUGGAUUACAUUCGAAGCUUAGGGCUUUCGGAUGAAGAUCUUCACAAAUUACUUAAGAAAUUUCCCGAGGUGCUCGGGUGCAGUCUUGAUAAUGAAGUGAAGGCGAAUGUCGGCACUUUGGAAAAGGAGUGGGGAAUAAAAGGAAAGGCACUUCGAAAUCUCCUUCUAAGAAACCCCAAAGUUCUUGGAUAUAAUGUGGACUGUAGAGGAGAUUGCAUGGCUAAGUGCACUCGGUGUUGGGUUCGAUUUUAAUGCCUUCCUCAUGAAGAAGAUUUGGCUCUCAUUUAUUUACUGAAGAUCGUAAGUUAUUUCUGGGGCCAUUGCAUAAUUCCGAGCAUGUUCGACUUAUCUGGUACAAAACACAAAUGAUAUGUAAGUUUCGUUUCCUUUCACAUUUCGUUGGCAGGAAUUUCCAUUGAAUUCUACUGAAGGUGUAUACUUGUACAACAGUGAUGAUUGAAGUGAUACACUGAAAAUAUGUUAGUCCAUACAUUUCGGUACGCCGUUAAAUGAUAUAGUUUUUCCUCUUUUAUUUU